AUGGUAAACACGGUAGAAAACACACUAAGCAUUUGUAUCAAAAAGCAAAAAGAAGAAUCUAAAGAAAUUUUGUUACUUCCAUCAAAAAAGAGAAAAUGUGAUGAUAAUAUUCUUAAUAGCUCAAAAUCUACAAAACAUUCUGAUACAAUGAAAAAUAAAUGCAGUAAAUGUAAUAGAAAACUAAAUUUGGUUGGCUGCUAUAAAUGCCGAUGUGGAAAUAAUUACUGUAAUAGGCAUAGAUUUUAUGAUCAACAUGGAUGUACUUUUGAUUUUAAAAGCUUGGCAAUGGAAAAACUUAUAAUUAACAAUCCUAAAUUGCAAAAUAAUCGUAUAGGAGAUCAAUAA